ACACUAGUGAAUUCCGUACCGCUGAACCUAGUCCUGGCGAUCAAAGUUCGCGGGCGGAAAAGUUUUGUUUAUAAUUGUAAUUAUAUAAAUUACAAUUUAAUUAUAAUUUCAUAAUAUUGAUUACUGUAUUUAAAUAAAUAUCAUUUUCUCCUAUAAAUACAGAGUGUAAAUUAUGUAACACGUGACUGACACAUGGCGAUUUGUUAAACUUUAUAUUUGCCGUCAAAGAAAAUGGCGAAUUUAGAAUGUAAAAUUAUAUUUACGCAUUGAAUUUGCAAUAUUAACUUUACAGCAAUAAAAUUAUGUCAUCACAUAUUAAUGCAAAACCAGCAGAUAAUCGAAGAGUUAAACAAGGUGAUUUUACUCUUUUAGAAGGAUUAGAGGAAUAUCCUGAAGACUCUUUGGAAUGUUUUUCAGUCUUUGUUAGAGAUGAUAGCUCUAAUAAUGACGAUGUUCAAGAAUUGGUACUUGGGGAACAAAUUUUGGGAACCACAUUAACUGCUAUAACAUUGCCUGAUGGAAGUCAGGCAUUCAUCGCUGGAAAUAUUCAAGAAAAUGAAUCUGAAUCGAAGGAUUCGCAAGAAACAGAGACAAGAGGGGCUAUUUAUUUAAAAGAUGGAGAAUUGUUACAAGUACAAAUGGAUCCCAUGACAUUUCUUGAAACGCAAACGGAUAAUACGAAAGACUCAUAUCCUCAGGUUCAAGUAAUCAACGGCGCAACAUAUGUGCUGACUAGUCAAUUUGAUGAAGAAGUUUGGCAAAUUGAAGAUGGAAAAUUAACAAAGAAAGAUGAGGUUUUGUUAAAUAAACGUGUAGUUCAUAAAUUUAGAGCACAACAUCCUUGUCCCAGGGAAGGAUGCACCAAAGUCUACAGUACUCUUCAUCACUUGAAGGUCCACGAACGCUCGCACACUGGAUACAAACCGUAUAGAUGUAAUUAUUCAAAAUGUUCAAAGAGCUUUUCAACUGGUUACAGUCUAAAGGCACACGUACGAACACACACUGGCGAAAAACCAUAUGUUUGUGGAUUUGAUUCUUGUAAUAAGAGAUUUAAAACUUCGGGCGAUUUAUUAAAACACGGUAGGACUCACACUGGUGAACGUCCAUUUGUUUGUCCUGUUGAAGGUUGUGGACGAUCUUUUACUACCAGCAAUAUUCGAAAAGUACAUGUGAGAACUCACACAGGUGAACGCCCAUACAAAUGUCCUGAACCCGAAUGCGAUAAAGCUUUUGCCAGUGCCACAAAUUAUAAAAAUCAUUUACGCAUUCAUUCUGGAGAGAAACCAUAUGUUUGUUCAAUGAAAGAUUGUGGAAGACGUUUUACGGAAUAUUCUAGUCUUUAUAAACAUCAUUUGGUUCAUACACAACAGAGGCCUUUCGAAUGUAAAAUUUGUUACAGAAGAUAUCGUCAGAAUAGCACUUUAAUUAUGCAUAAAAGAACUGCUCACUCAUUAGUGGAAACUGAGAAUGGGACCGAUAUUUAUUUAGAAACUACCUCAGAGUUGAAUGAUUCCACAAAACAAAGUAAUCUGAUGUUGAGCAAAGCUGGGCAAUUUCAUUUUUCCGACGAAUCCUCAGACAAUGAGACGCAAAUUCUUUUUGUCAGUGAUCCAACGCAAAUCGCUGCCUUACAGCAAAUGGGAAUGGAAGGGGGCUUCGGGGAUUCUUCCAUCGAUACUUCUUUGGAUUCUUCCUUAAACAUAAAAAUCGAGGACAUUGGACUCGAAUGGAACUAGGAUUUGAAGCCAUUUUUUUUUUGUAAUAAAAAAAGAGAAAAUAUUGUGCAUUAUUAAUUCCUAGUAAUGUAAGGAAAAAAAGGCUGUAUUAACUUUUAUUAACGAAACUGCGUAGCGGUAAAUAUUUGAGUAGAUUUUAAAAUAUCCAUCUGCAGAGCAUAUAGGAUUCUAGAUCCAUAAAAUAAUAAUAUUAUUUUAAUUUUUCUUUUUAAUUACGCAGUACUUCUAGUUUUCUAUGUAAACUAGCGAAUCUUUAAAUGAAAAGAAAAUAAAUUUGACAAAAUUAAAGUUUUA